AUGAGUCUGACCAAUCCGCCCUCUUCCGGUUCCCUUUCACGAACCAGAGUUGGGAACUUGAAACGGGGUCUCCAGGCUACUGUCGAUGAGGCGAUUGACUCGAGAAGACCUGGCGGGUACACCAGCAAGGUUCGGGUCCGAGAUCGAUAUCACAUCGUUGGUUUUAUCAGCAGUGGUACCUAUGGUCGAGUCUACAAGGCCGUUGGCAAAAACGGCAAAAAAGGCGAAUUCGCCAUCAAAAAAUUCAAGCCCGACAAGGAAGGCGAGACAAUCCAAUACACGGGUCUAUCGCAAUCCGCCAUCCGAGAAAUGGCACUAUGCACAGAGCUUUCUCAUGCCAAUGUUGUACAGCUAGAAGAAAUCAUCCUCGAGGAUAAAUGCAUCUUCAUGGUCUUCGAAUACACGGAACACGACCUUCUCCAAAUCAUUCAUCACCACACUCAGCCCCAGCGCCACGCCAUCCCAGCCCCAAUGGUGCGUUCUAUCCUCUUCCAGCUUUUGAACGGUCUUCUCUAUCUGCACACGAACUGGGUUCUUCAUCGUGAUCUGAAGCCAGCCAAUAUCCUCGUCACUUCAAGUGGCGCAAUCCGCAUUGGGGACCUGGGUCUAGCGCGUCUUUUCUACAAACCCCUCAACUCUCUCUUCUCAGGCGACAAGGUCGUCGUCACAAUCUGGUACCGAGCACCAGAACUACUCAUGGGAAGCCGCCACUACACACCCGCUGUCGACAUGUGGGCCGUAGGCUGCAUCUUCGCCGAACUCCUAUCCCUUCGACCGAUCUUCAAAGGCGAAGAAGCGAAGAUGGAUAGCAAGAAAACAGUGCCUUUCCAGCGAAACCAAAUGAUGAAAAUCGUUGAGAUCCUGGGCAUGCCCACUAAGGAAAAUUGGCCCGGGUUGACCUCCAUGCCGGAGUACUCUUCGCUUCAGUCUGUGGUGAUGCACCGACAGCCUACGCAUUUCCAUCGCGGCUCAAAUUUGGAAGGCUGGUAUCAAAGCUGCUUGAAGAAUGGUGGAUAUUCAUCGACAUCAGUAGCGGGUACGCCCGGGGCAGACGGUUUCAAUCUCUUGUCGCGGAUGCUGGACUAUGAUCCUACGAGACGAAUCACUGCUGAGCAGGCUCUUGAACAUCCGUACUUCACGAACGGAGGACCCAUAAGUGGCAAUUGCUUUGAGGGUAUCGAUGAUCCAUACCCACAUCGUCGCGUCACGCAGGAGGACAAUGAUAUUCGAUCCGGGAGUCUUCCGGGCACAAAACGGAGUGGUUUGCCAGAUGACUCGUUGAUGAGGGCUUCGAAACGACUUAAGGAGUGA